GAUGCGUACGAUUUGAAAUAUUAAAAAAUCGGAUCUGUCGUACGCCCCAAUGGUUUUCGCUGUGUUUAUUGUCCCUUUGGCUAUACAAUACAAUAGCCAAAUAUCCGAUCCGCUGGAUGUCGAAAUGUGUUGGCAUUGGAAGCACGGUCGCAUCGUUGUACGAUCACAGACUUGAGUAGGAUUUCGACGUGUAUUCAAGAGAAAAUUGUAUUUGCUCACAGAUUCGUUGGGAAAACAUCACAAGACAGAAUGGCCUAUAGGAUAUUAAUAUGUUGGUUUUUAUUAAGCGCAUGUCUUGCCACUUCAAUAAAUGGUGGAAGAGUUCGAAGAAAAUCAUAUAUACCAGACUUGAAUGGCGUGUGUUGGAGUCCUUGGUUUAGUGAUGAUAAUACGAGUCACUUUACUUCUACUGAUUUGGAGAUUGAAACUAUCUCUGUGCUUCAGAUCGUUUUUCCAAACCAAACGUGUGAUGUACCGAGUGAUAUACAAUGCAGGACUGUAGACACUCAUAUAUCUUAUAAUGACACGCUUGAAAAUGUUAUCUGCAUCAUGGAAUAUGGUUUGCAAUGUCGUCAAAUAAGGGACGUAAUGUGUUCCGAUUAUGAAAUACGAAUUGCAUGCCCGUGCAACAUCAAUAACGACGCUGUUACAGACGUUUACGUAACAGUGGAGAGCACAAAGGAAGCGAACCAAACUGUAAAGUCUUCAACAGUGAAGAGCUCAUCAGUGGAGAGCUUAGUAUCAGAGGAAAGUUUUUCUGAAUUCUCUAGUUCAGAUUUCGAUUAUGCUGCCACAGGAUUUCACGAGACAAUUGCAGGAGGAGUGACGAGUCAAGAAAACACUACUUCACAAACUACCGUCACUAUUAUGCAGCCAAUUAUGACGAAAUAUGAGCAAUCGACAUCAACACCGUUGGUCACACUGCCAGAGUCCGGCGAAGACAAAUGUUGGUCUCCUUGGCUGGACGAUGAACGCUUAGGGAUAUCUACUGAUUCAUCUCGUGUUGAGACUGAGAGAAUUUCCACGUUCAGAAGGUACGACGCUACGCUGGCGUGCGCAGAGCCUGAACGUAUUCAAUGCCGUAAGAUUGUUGACAAGAUACCUGCAGGAGAUGAGGUUUCUCGUUGUGACGUCACUUUCGGUUUACAGUGCAUCGAUAACAAGGAUAAUGAUUGCGCAGAUUAUGAAAUAAGACUGCUUUGUCCACUUCCUUGUCAUCCUAAUGGAACACUCUUUACGAUUACUUCACCAGCUCCACCUGUUCAAUUAUAUACUACAACCCAACAUAGAUCAGAAGAGCCUGUACCAACAGUUGACGAAGGCACGACCCUCACUCCAGGUAACAUACAAGCAACUACAAUGAUCGGCCAAUCACAAUCAAGUGUGCCUUACGAAAGUAAAACAUCCCAUGUCUACACACAGAACUCAGAACCUGAUACUGCCAACCCACCAGUAGAAGAAACAACUAUUGGUUAUGAGACUUCAGAAGUUUCAGCAAGGCGAACUAUGGACGCUGGCCAAUCAUCUUCAAAUAUGCCCGACGGGAUUACAACGGAGAGUCCAGAAAUGAAUACUUCACAGAGAACAGUAAUGAAAACCACUGGGAGUAGUAGGCCUAAGACUCAGUCUAGUAAUCCCACCAUGUCAACUGAAAGCUUAACUACAGACCUGGAGCAGGGAUUUGGUGAUGCCACUCUAAGUGUAACUAAUGCUGAUACAAGUACGCCAAAUAUGGACAUAACUGAAAAGAAUACUAUUGGUAUACCACUACAUACUACAACAGAUUCAAUAAUAAAAAGAACAACACCAGUAGAUACCAUGAUUAGCACAUCAUUGCUGUCUACAGAGCUGCCACUAACAAUUAGUUCUACGCUGCCAACGACAACAGAAGACCCAAACGUGAUAUCAAGAACUGUUGAAGCACUUACAUCUUCUAGAAUGGACGUUUCCCCAGAUGUGCACACUACCAUUAAAAAUACAUACAAGGCAACCAAUCUAUUCACGACUGAAUCAUAUACAACUGCCAAAGAAACUCUUGCUAUAACGAACACUCAGAUGAGCACUUCAAUAGGUGAUCUAAAAACAAUUGAUUCGACAACAAACCCGUCUGAUCUGACCACACUUCUCGUAAGCAAACCAACGGAACAUUCACUUGCAACAAAUACAAUUGGUAGAACUGCAACACAGCCAGAAAAGACGGAGGAGUUGGCAAGCACAAUCGAAUUGACGUCGUCAACCUUACUAGAAUCUAAUACAGUAACAGAAUUGCAUCCUCUGAAUCAAAGUUGUGAAUCAGGCAUAUCAUGUUUAAAUGGUGGAACAUGUUUCAGAAAAAACAACGACCGACUGAAAUGCAACUGCACUAAUGGAUGGGAGGGAAAAAAUUGCAAUAAAGAUUACCAAGCACCCGUACUUGAAUGCCCGCCCAAUAUAAAACGGGUCAUUAGCUCCCAGUAUGAUACACGCAAUGUAUCAUGGCAUAAGGCAACCGUUACGGAUAAUGACGUCAAACAUAAUUCUACUCUGAGGUCCAACGUAACGUUUGGCAUGUUUUCAGUUGGUAAAGUGAUUGUUGAAUACACUGCAGAAGAUUUCGCUGGUAAUGUUGCUAAACCUUGCACCUUCAAAAUCGUUCUGUUUGUUGGGUGUAGAUACAGUAUAGAUGCUAAUUUAACAUGGCGAAGAGUAGAAAUAAAUAAAGAGAGGUCGUCACAGGAAAUGUGUCCAGAAGGAACUCCUCGAGCCGGGAUGCCUAAAGGCACACGGUACUGUGGGUCUGACGAUGAUGGUAACGCAAUGUGGAUGCCGCCUGUUAUUAACGAUUGCCUACGAAGCAUCACGACAACAUCAAAAACAACAGAACAACGAGAAGAGGAGUUGGUCAACCUUAGUGAGGCUACUGUAACCAUGGACAACGUGACGGAAGUUGCCGAUGAGUUAACUUUGCUGACCGAUGGUGUGGAUGAAAUAUCUGAAAAUAUGUUUAACGCUAUUGCUGACACGUUGGAUAACAUUGUCAACGUUGGUUCGACUUCAUUGGAGGUAACGGAAGCAGUAUUUUCGGCGGUAAGCAAUCUGCUCUCGACUGAUAUGGGGAAUGCUGACGUCGCAAGCUCAUCGACCAAAAUCGUAAAAGCAGUUGACACCCAAGUAGCACUGGCUCAGCAAGGACAGGGUUUGUAAACAUAUUAAUUCGUUUGUUUUCACAUUAUAUCUGUAUUCAAUAUUUGCCGAAAGUCACUUCAACUCGAGCCACAAUCAGUUAUACUUCACU